CUUUGUUAAACGAAGGUCGAAAAUCGUGUUUACUGGAAAAAUGCUAAAUAUGAGGCCCAAAAUUUGACAGGUCACAUAAUCAACAAUCAUGCCACCAAAAGGAAAGAAAAAAGAAUUUGAUCGGCAGUUUGAGGCUUUUUUGAAGGAGUCUUUUUCAUCCGAUGAUGGAUCCCUGGAUUCUGCAAAAGUCAGCAAACACCUGGCACCCAAGGAACAGACAACACCAAAAAGUAAAAGCAAGCCCUGGUGGAUGCAGAGUGACGAUGACGACGACGAUGAUGAUAUGGGAGCUAACUUCGGCUCAGGCAAGACAUCAAGUGGAAAAAGCUUUCUGAAGAAGAAGAAGCCAGCCGAACCCAAACACAGUACCCCGAAACAGACACCCCUUACCCCAGUGGAGCCUUCCACUCCAGAACUCACACCAGAGGAGAAGCAGGGGCGACAAAAAGCUCGCACCGGCAAGAAGGAGAGGACCCAUUUGAAGACUAAGCAGAGAGGGGUGCGGGGCCGGGGAGACACAGGGACAUCCAUGAGCAAGGAUAGCCUGGAAGACAUUUCUGAGAAAUCUGAGGAGGACAGCAAUAAAGACAGGCAAGCUGCGGCAGCAGGAAAGGAGAGCAGCUUUGGGUCGGAGAAAACAAGUCGACCAGGUUUAGAAACACUUGAUGAAAUAAGGGAUAAAGAAAGUUUUUUUAGGGACCUUGAGAAAAACGCUGAUGGAACGCUAGACUUCCGACGCCUGAACCAGGACCUGAGUCAGUCAGCCACCACCAUGUCUCCGGAGGGUGCUGCCAAGACAGCUGCCACCCUAGCCGCAUUAGAAGACAUUGAAGAAGAUAUGCCACUCACCACUCCCUCAAACAGACCCUUUGACCCCCAGCAGUCUGAUGAGCAAAUCACUCAGGAUCCUUCUCAAAAACCAAGCAUGUUGUCAAAAGUGUCGCUAAUGGAUUCCAUGGAGUCUACAAUGAACACAACCGGGUCGCCAAUGGUCGGUCGUAGCGGCAUGCACGAAAAAGGGGAUCGCGGAGACCAAGGAAUCAAUGAUGAGAUGGACGGUCCAGGAGGUCAACACUCCGGACAUCACACAGGGUUUAUGGGUACAACCACCAGCCAUGAGAUUGAGGCGCUCCACAAGGCCCUGAGGGAGGUAGGCCUGUCCCCUACCAUCUACAACGACUCACAGCCCUUCGACCUGUCCUCACAGGGCAACCGCUCCACCACCGAGAUGAUGCAAAAGUUGCUUAGUGGGGAACCAGGAAAGCAGAGAAAUGUAGAGGAAAUACUCAAGGAAGUAGAACGGUUAGAGAAGAAGUCUAAAGAGAACCAGUUAGAGGAUUUGGAUGUUGAGCUUCUGUCCGACAGACGACGGAGUCCAUACAGUCCAAAAAGUCCAAGAAGUCUGGAGAGACAGCGCCGUAUAGACAAUGAUGAAGGGACAGGCACCAGGGGACACGACUACUCUCCGGUCCCAGACUCAGCAAGGGGCUUCGACCAUUCUCAUACAGACGACACAGAGCGAUACAACCCUGUCACACAAGUGCCCGAGUCAAAGAGUACACCCAAGUCCAUUAUGGAAAGAGGACGUCAGAAGAAAAAGAAAAUGAAACCAGAAAAAUUGGAGAAAGGAAAAGAUAAACCGCCAAAGCAAGUAUCUCCAAGGCGACGACCUUCACCUAGGUCAUCACUCAAAGGAAGUCAGUCAAGGUCACCGUCAGCAUCACCAAGGCGAUGGAUGUCACCCCGUUCACUUAGCAAGGAUGAUCCAAGGUCAAGGUCACUGUCACCAUCUAAAACAGGUCUGAAGUUUUCCCAUGUAAAGAGUUCAGGGUAUGGCCAGAAAUCUCCUCCCAAGGGUAAUGGUGGCCGUCCUCACAGUGCCAGAGAUCCCUACCCCGCAGAGGAGGAUUAUCAGGAUCCUGUCCCUGAGGAGGAAGGAAAUACAAAUCAGAAUGCUCCAGUGCGUAAAGAGACAAAGAAGGACAAAAGUAAAUCUGGCAAGUCAAAACACCAGUCAGCUCGGAAACAGCAGGCCCAGACAUGGUCACCCGCAGAGGUCACCAAACAAAAAAUCAAAGGGAGUGAUUCGCCAAUGUUCAGUAAGGAAAGGAAGGGCCACAAUGUGAUGGAGACGCAGCUGAAGGCGUCCGUUGACUCCUUCGCCCACUACAUCAAGGACCACUUUGCGGAGUCUGACUUACCCCAGGCAAAGUACUCUCAGGAUGAGCCCUCCCUUGCUGCCAGUUGGCGUGGUGACAAAACAACUGACCAGAUGCCCUCUUUAUUAGUGGGGACUGACCAGGACUGGCAGAGGCUGUAUGAGGAGGCGAAAACACACAAUACUAAACUCAAAGCUGACAAGCUGGCGAUGGAGAAGGAAUAUGAUAGGAUGCUUGAAAGUCAGAAACUUGAAUUUGAGGACCAGAUUUUCAAACUCAAGCAGGAAGUCUAUGUGCUGUCUGCUAAGCUACCUGACUCACAGUCGGAGAUACAGAAACGCCUGGCAGAUCGAAAUGGGGAGGUAAGUCCAGACCAGAUGGAGAAACUUGACCGUGAAAUCCAGGAGCAGGAGAAGCUGAUCGCAGGAUACCAACAGGAAAAUAAACGACUGUACGAACAGCUCAAAGUUCAACAGAAACAGGUCAAGGCCACAGAGGACAGAAUGUUCACAGAGAACCAGAAAAUGGCCACUGAGAUCACCAACCUGAGAACUAAAUUAGAGAGAAAGGAAGACGAGGCAAGAUGUAAGGGAAUUAUAACCAGUUUACCCGCCCAGCAGAAGAUAGCAAAAGGAGACACAUCGUCAGCUUUGGGGGCCGGCAGGAUAGCCCAGCUUACAGUGGAACUCAAGGAGGCAAAGCGUCUCCAAGACAACUCAAAUCGAGAACUGGAAGUUCUACAAAGAAGUAAGAUAGAGCUGGAACAACACAUUGACAAGUUGAUCAAGGAACGGGAGUCACUCAGGCAACAGGUGGCAGAGUCCAAGUCACUCAAGUCAGAGGAAGCUAGGGUCAUUGAAGACAAAUUUAAAUCAGAAAAUGAGAGACUCACAAGGAAACUUAAAUGGUAUGCCGAAAACCAAAAGUUACUGGACUCCGAUGCGAAGCAUUUGAAAAACCAGGAAGAGGAAAUAGCCAAGCACAAAUUACGAAUUGAACAUUUGACUUCAGAGACGGGGCGUCGACUAGAGGAUAACAAGGUGAGAGCCAAGGAGCGAGCUAAUGAUGCCAAGAGGAUCCAAGAUCUGCAGAGACAGGUAAAAGAGAUGGAAGGUAUUAUCCGUCGCCGACAUCCAAACUCCCUGCCUGCUUUGAUCAUGACAGCUGCUGUAGCUCCUGAUGAACAUCAACCAGCGACAAAGACACCUACAAUGGGGGUCCUGGAGAACCGUAUCAAAAAGCUCGAGCUGGAACUCGAGGGCAAGGACACGGAGGCGGAGAAGAUGUUACGUAGUGUAGAGCAGAAAUACCUCAGCAUCAAGAAUCAGUAUGAGGAGCGUAUACGUGAUUUGGAGACACAGUUGGCUAUAUACGUACGUCCCGAGGAUAACGCUCUGAAGGACUACCAACAUCCACACACACAUGCUGUUGCUCUACAGAGAGAGUUGGAGAGUGUUCGAGAACGAUACAAGGCCAAAAACACAGAACUUACCGAGGAGGUCAGCCGACUCAAUACGGAGAUUGCCAAACUCUCAAAAGGACAGGAAGCAACCUUGAAAAAUGAACAGAGCUUCUCUAAGAACAAAGAAACAGAGUACAAGACCCAGAUCCACAAAUUACAACAGGAUCUCGACAGUAAGUCACAUGACCUUGGUGUGGCAGUAAAGACGGUGGAGAGACUACGCAAGGAGAAAAAUCUGCCAGUUACUGGUUCCUCUGGACCAAAAGUAGACAAGAACAAGAAGAGUAACCAGGCAUGGGAGGAAGAGGAGGCAUUGUCCCUCACUGAUCGUGUCAACAGGGACAGACAGUACCAACCAAACAGCUUUGCCGACAGUCAGAUCACAGAAACACUGCAGGAAAAUGAGUACCUCAGGUCUAAGAUUGAGCAGCUGCAGUUAGCCUAUGAUGAGCAGCGCCUAGAACUCCGUAAACUACAGGCAGAGUCUGAAGCUAUGGCCAGGAAAAGUCGGGAGAAUUUUGAGGAUAGAAUUGAUGUCCUGAGGUCUUCUCACCAAAAAGAGUUCAGGAAACUGCUUGCAGACCAAGCCCUUAACCAUUCCACAUCACGCAUGGCUGAACUUCAGAGUAAAGUCGAUGCACAAGAGGUGUUGGUGCAUCACCUCAAGGAAAGGCUCACUAAGGCUGAACUGGACAGUGAGCAGGUGUCCAUCCUGAAGAUCCGGGAGGCGGGACUAAAGACUCAUGUGGAAAAACUCCAGGAAUGUCUGAAAGAAGCUAAGCUGUGUCAGACGCCAGAAAUGAAACAUUUUGAUUCAAUCAAGGAGAAGAUCGGUAACAUGGAGCAGCGCCAUGAACAGCGAGAGAAGGAGUUACAGGAAGUGAUUAGAAACGCCAAACAGGUGGCCAGUGUCCAGCUAGAACAUGCAGUACAAAAAUGGCGCAAAAUAGUGGAAUCUAAAAACAAAGAAAUUCAAAAGUUUCGGACAGAAUUGGAUGCUAUCUUGGAAGUAUUACGUGUUUUACAAAGACAAGGCGUAGUAAUACCAAUUAGUGCUAGUGGCUCUUAGCACAACAUCUGCCGAUGUUACUUGGAGACUCGUAGACAUAAAACACGGAUUUAGAUAUCAGGACCAAUGCAUCUUAACAUUUCAGGCAUCAAAAGGGAGUUAUGUUCCAUAUAUUGAUUUAUCUUGUUAUCAGGAUUCUGCAACGCAAGGUUUAGCUGUAUUUUUUCAAUGUCAUGGUUUUUAUUGAAAGUCACAAAAUUUUCUUGGAAAAUUCACAAUAGAUGAAAAAAGUGUUUCAGUAGAAAUUCUAUGCAAUAUUGUCACAAUUUUGCCUAUAUCAAUAUCACACUUGUUUAUCCUACCACAGAGGGGCCAAAUCUGCCACUGGGCACAGUCAUUGAUAGCAUUUUAGCUUAGCAAGACGAACUCAAGUUUUCAAAACAAUAUUUUAUUCCAAAUGUAUCAAAAAAAUUGUCUGGUAUGUUAAAUGUGAAAUGAUGAUGCUUUUGAAUCUUGAAAAAUGGAAAACUCAUUGAGAAGAUAUGGCAUGGACAAAUUGCAUAGACUUGUAAUAAAGCUAACCUGUCUAUCAACGGUACUCGGGCAGUGCUACAAAUUGUGUUCAAUGAGGUCAAGGUGUACACAGAAUUUUAGCAUUAUACCCUAACAGUCAAGUCAGUGUAAACAUAUUUUUUUUUUAAAUGGCAUUAGUUAUAUUUUGUUAGUUUUCAAAUUAUUUAUUGAUAAAUAUUACAUUUAUUAAAUAUUUUAGUUAGUUUAUAUUAAUUUAUAUGAAUGUGAAUGGAAGCAAAAAUCUGAGUCAAAUAGGUAGUGAAUGACCUACAUGCAUAUGUAAAGGUGUGACUGAGAGUUGAUAGGGAUAAAUAUAUGUCUGUAUGGUAAUGAUAAAUAUAUGUCUGUAUGGUAAUGAUAAAUAUAUGUCUGUAUGGUAAUGAUAAAUAUAUGUCUGUAUGGUAAUGUGUAUCGGGAGUGGAUGUGUAAGCUAGUAUAUGAAGAGUAAUUAUGUAUGUAAAGCAUACUGUGAUAAUGGGAAGUCAAUGUUAUUUGUACAGUAAAACCUUGAUAUAAGGCCUUUUGUUUAUAUACAGUAAAACAUUUAAUAUAAUGCCUCUCGUUUAUAUAGUACUGUAGUACAAUAUAACCUUUAUCUAAUGCACCUCAUUUGCAGUAAAACCUUGAUAUAAUCCCAAUACAUUUCUUAUUCAAUUGCUUCCCACCUUUCUGUAUUUUUGGCAUUUAUUCGUGUAAAACGAUAAUUUUCAUGCAACCUUGAGAUGUAAAAAGCCGCCAUUUUGACUCUAGU